AUGCGACCCUUAUCCUCAAUUUCCACAAGCUCCUCCAAAUCGUUCAAGGUGAUUCGGCAUCAACGACAACGCAAAUCACGUAAACGCAACGUAUUAAAUCCAACUUUGGAUAAUUUCUAUAAUAUUUUGCGUCGCACUCACGCGGAUCAAAGUGUAAAGUCGGCGCGAAGUUGGGCAAACGAAUAUGAGAAAUAUAGGAAAUCAGUCAUACUCGAUGAGAUUCGCGCGGACAAUAUCGAAUCGAGUGGAGGGAUCGAUUCGGUGGAACUUUUAAGAAGUUACUUUGUCAAGAAACCGUAUGCCGUUCACGUUCAACAUAUUGCUGAGAAAGAUAGUGGACAAUGCUUUCAAUUUGAUUUUACGCAAAACAUAAUCGGUCGAGCCAAGGAUUGA